AUGGGCAACACCACCAGCAUUGGUGUCGUACGUGACUGUCUGACUUCCGCCGUCGGGGGUGUUGCGGCUCAUGUCGCAUUCCAAGACACGCUUCUUUACCAGACUAGCGCAGUCAAGCCAUACAACUUGAAUGUUCCGGUAACCCCGGCGGCAGUCACAUACCCCCAAUCAGCAAACGAGGUAGCUGCUAUAGUUAAAUGUGCCUCCGACUAUGACUACAAAGUGCAGGCUCGCAGUGGAGGCCAUAGUUUCGGCAACUUUGGCCUUGGGGGACAAAACGGUGCCAUUGUGAUCGAUAUGAAGCACUUCUCGCAAUUUUCUAUGGACGAGUCAACAUUCAUCGCUACUAUCGGUCCCGGAACAACUCUAGGCAACCUUGACACCGAGCUUUACAAUGCGGGCAACAGAGCAAUGGCACACGGUAUCUGUCCUUCAAUUCGGACAGGUGGCCACCUAACUGUGGGCGGACUGGGCCCAACAUCGCGCCAGUGGGGUCUAGCGCUUGACCAUGUGGAGGAAGUCGAGGUGGUUUUGGCGAACUCGAGUGUUGUGCGGGCAUCGGAUACUCAGAACCAGGAUGUUCUCUUCGCAAUUAAAGGCGCUGCUGCUAGCUUUGGGAUCGUUACAGAGUUCAAAGUUCGCACGGAGGAGGCACCUGGCCUGGCAGUUCGAUAUUCAUACUCGUUCAAUCUUGGAACUCCCGCCGAGAAGGCGAAGCUCGCCAAGGAUUGGCAGGCAUAUAUAGCCCAGGAGAACCUCACCUGGAAGUUCUCCUCCAAUCUGAUCAUCUUCGACGGCCAGAUCAUCCUCGAAGGUAUUUUCUUCGGCUCAAAAGAGGAGUACGACAAGCUCAACCUGGAGAAGAAAUUCCCUACCAGCGAGCCGGGUACUGUGCUAGUUAUUACAAAUUGGCUGGGGAUGAUCGGGCAUGCACUGGAAGAUACUAUCCUGAGACUGAUCGGAGACUCCCCGACUUGGUUUUACGCUAAGUCACUCGGAUUUACCCCCAACACGCUGAUUUUUGACUCCACCAUCGACGAAUUUUUCGAUUACAUCCACAAAGCCAAUGCCGGCACUUUGGCCUGGUCUGUCAUGCUCAGUCUAGAGGGUGGAGCUAUCAACGCCGUGCCCAAAAAUGCCACAGCCUAUGGCCACCGCGAUGUGCUUUUCUGGGUCCAGAUCUUCGUAGUCAACCCCCUUGGUCCGAUCUCGCAGACCACAUAUGGUUUUACUGAUGGUCUUUAUAAUAUUCUGGCUCGGGGAGUGCCAGAGAGUGCGGGACAUGCAUAUCUAGGAUGUCCAGAUCCUAAAAUGCCCGAUGCCCAGAGGGCAUACUGGCGCAAUAAUUAUCCAAGAUUGGAAGAGCUCAAGCGAGACUUAGAUCCAAAGGAUAUAUUCCACAAUCCGCAGGGAGUUCGGGUUGCCUCCUAA